ACAGGAACCGAGAGGGACCAAUAAAGUACUCAACAGGAACAGACAGGGACCUAUAGUAUAGCAGCCGAUAGCAACCGACAGGAAGCGACAGGAGCCGAAUGGAGACGACGGGUGCCGAUAAGGGCCGAAAGGAGCCGAGUUUUCCCGACGCCUCCAGUAAACCGAGAGCCGACGAACAUGCCAGCGGUCGCCGAUGUGUGAAUCUCUGUCGGGGAGCUUAUCUUUGGGGGCGAGGAGAUCGUGAGAGAAAAACUCUCACGGAUCACUCCUGUCUUCAUCCACUGCAUAUUCCCACAUUUCUAGAGGACACCGUUAUCCAGAUCCAGCCAAAAUGAAGCUGAUGAAAGUGGUUGUGUUCACCAUUCUGCUGUGCUCAGCUGUCAGCGCAAAGCCAAAAGCUCAUCACUCCUCCAGCUCUGCACCCGUCAGAGCAGAGAACCGAACUGCAUUUUUCGGGGAAGACGUAGAGAUCCUCACCUCGUCCCUGUCCGCGGCAGUGGUGCUGUUCAAACCCAGCUCGCCUCCGGCUGCUUCUGAGGUGGUGCUGAUGAAAAAUGGCAAAUUAAACAGUACCAGAGCCAUGGUGGACAGCCGAAGCCACCUCAUCCUAGAGAAUGUGGGAGAGGAGGACGAGGGCUUGUACAUCAUUAAGUACACUGAUGACCCAAAGCACGUCAGACACCUCAAUCUCAUUGUCAGAGAUUGUCCCAAUGAACACCAUGUGAAGUACGGAGAAACGUUUAACAUUCCCGUACAUGAUGUCUCUGGUCCAAUCACCUUGGAGUUCAGGCCCAGUAUCAUGGAGAUGAAUGCAAGUGCUGGGCAGAUGGUGGUGCUCUUGAACCGGUCCUGGACGCCAGUGGGCGAAUAUAAGGCUCGUCUGAGUGCAUCAGAGCGUAGGGUUAGCCUGCAUGGCGUCAGCAGAUCAGAUGAGGGCAGCUAUGCCGUGUAUGAUUCAGAGAAGAAGUUGAAGAAGAAGAUGUGCCUCAAUGUGAGAGAGCACCAGCACUUUCCCGACCUUGAGUACGGCAAGACAUUGAAGAUUAACCUAUACCUGAACCGCACCAAAGUCAACAUCUUCUACACACCAGAUAAUGACCCUAAGCCCCGCUUGAUUCUGGACCAUGGAGAGCUGGUCGUGCCCAUGGAUCCCAGUAUAGAUGGGAGGCUCUCUGUUGAAGGUUCAGUGUGCAUCCUAGAACGUGUCCGAGUCAGUGACAAAGGCGUCUUCAGAGUGACCGACCUGGAAGGUUUUCCUGUGUCCAACGUGUACCUGAAAGUUCAGCCUUACAAGUUUCCCUCUCUCUAUGUGGCGAUCAUCUCCCUGCUCUCGCUUCUGGCCUUCCUGUUUUGUGUGUGCCUUGUGUCCUGCAUGGUGAAGGUGCGCCGCCGGGCUGAGAAGGCCAGGACCAUUGCGAAAAUUGCUCGGAAUGCUGGCAAAGAGGAGGGUGAUGCCUUCCGACAGGUGGUUCAUGAGGCUUACGCUAGGUUUACUGAAGAGUCUUCUUUGCAGUCUCAGUGGGACAGCAUCACUCAGAAAACGGAGGUGAACAUUAAGGGUCUCGAGAUCUCCAGAGCAGGACAGUACAAACCUCUCUCCCCCGAUAAGAACAACAUGGAGACGAGUGACUCGGGAGUGGAGUUCAACACUGCAGGCCUGCCGCUGGACAGCGACACAGACAUGCCCCCGACGUAUGCCUCCCACAAGUUCCUUCUGGAUUCAGACUUCCUGAACAGCACCACGGGUCCUGAGGUUAUAACGGCAGGCCAAACCCCCGAUUCCAAGCAGAGCACUAAUCCAACCCCCGACUCCAAGCUAAGUGGCAACGUGACCCCUGAGCUUCUUGGAGGCACCACGCCGGAUGGGGACCUGAUGAGUCACACGGUCCCCGAGCCUGCCCCAAGAGUCGCAGACCCCAGUCCAAUCGCUUCACCCGCUGCUGUCCACAAUGGAGACUCAGCACCUGCCUCUGAAGUGACCCCCAGCACUUGUCUUGUCCCUGACGUCGGUCAGGAUGCCGUUGUGCCAAAUGACAAGACUGUAACACCUGACCAGGGUGAUACGGCAGAGAACAGUGCCACCUGAGCAAACAUCCAGUGAUCUGGAGCCUUCUAAAGGCAAACCCCCUGCCAUCUUACACAUACACAAUCUUACAUCCAAACGUUAAAUAAUCCUGAUGCAUUCAUAUAUUCAUCAUAAAAUGCUCAGAAUGGAUCUUCACAUACAAAUCUGCACACUCAUCAAGCACUGACACAGCCGAAGGCUCAUAUCUGUAACAUUUGUCACAUUUAGGUCUGAUUGGGGUUAUUCAGUUAUUUACUGUUUUCUUUGGACAUUCAUGUCAGGUUGAUGCUGAGACAUUAUAAACAUUGGCAAAAUUUCAAUUUACCAAUCAAGUCUACAGUUAGUCUUUGGCUGACCAUUUUUCUUGUUCUCUGGUAUAAAAAUAUGACUGCACGCUACUGUACAUGCUUGAUAUGUUGCCAAAAUAAUACAAUUUUGAAAUUUAAAAGAAAUACAUUUUUGCAUGUACUGUAUAUAUUAGAGAAAUAGUCCAGGGUCCAUUUGUUGCUGUGCGAAGGAUAAAUAUCUAAUUCAACCGUAACACAUGAGAAACACACACCCAUUACAGAGCGCUUAAUGUUCCUCUUUCGAACUCCUCACCAUUACACAUCUACAAUCAAGAGCAUUUCAGCAAAUUGAUCCCCGCUGCUUGGAUAUCUCGGUUUUUCUGUAGCCAACACAUAUGGCUUCAGUCUUGAAUCCCUAUGCACCACAACGAAAAUGUUUCCGAAUUACCUGAUUGAGAUGAUACACAAGUGGCGGGAUCUGACACCCUCUUUCCUGCAUAUGUGAUGCAGGACGGUACAGCAUCGCUUGAGAUUUAUCUAUUCGUGAACACUGGGAUGCAACGGCAGUAAUCCCUCCGUUAAAUGGACUUUUCGGCCAAAUUGAACACCAAAUGAAAACUGUGAAAUCAGCCUGAAAGGAGCCGCCAUCUAUUUGCUCAGUGUUCUUUCACGGAUUGCCCAUUUGCCUAGGACAUGUGCCCAGUGAACUGGACAUAGAACAUGAGCAUUUCUCUCAAUUUUUCUGACGCUGGAUGGAUACCUGAAUAUAAAUUUGAGUUGCCAUCCCUAUGACAGUUCCUAAUCCACUAAAGAAAAGACAGCGAGCCAGACUGGAAUCUUCCUGCCUUUUAAUAAUGCGUUUUAAUAAUGACAGUCGUGAUGCGGGGGACACCUGGGAGAGAACCUAAGAGCUCCUACUCAAAUGACAGAGGACCUCUGCAGAUCUGCGAGAGUGAACGCGUGAAAGGCUGCGGCACGUUGAAACGCUGGCAUGACUCAUGCUUUCUUUCUCUCCUUCCUUAGGAGGGUUUUUUCACCUGCAUCAUACAUGAAUUUGCCUGUUUUAGACACUAAAAGACUGCCCUGUAACCCCUACUCAAGGCCUUGAGAUAUUAAAUAAGGUCCCAUCAAAUGCAUGCAAUCACAUGGAGCUAUAAAUUGACAGCACCAGUAUAAAAAUUUCAGAGAGAAAGGAAAACUUUUCAGGUUGAGUUCAUUCAGAACAUACAAAGAAAUAAAUUAUUAAUCCCAGUUUUUUGCACGCUGCCGAAGGCACGAAAUGCGGUGAAUGCAACUCACGUGAAUCCGUCAUAAUUAGAAAACAAAUGAUAUACAAGUGUUUUCAAAAGCAUCGAGAUUAAACUGAGCCACCUCUUUUAUUUGUCCCUUUGACCAUGGAGAAACAGGGCAAGAGGACCAUUUUUUUCACGUGUCCUUCAAGUAGACCAUCCAGAGCAAGUAGAAGACAUAGUGCAAGGGCGCUACAGACAUCACCUGAUAUUUCACCAGUUCAGGCGUUCAUUUUUCCCUUUGGUUAAGUCUUCCUUGUUAGAAGCUUUGAAAGGUUUUAGACAGAGAUGCUUAAUGCACUGUGGGGGGGAUUGUUCAUUUUAAGCUUCUGAGCUUUAACUCUUAUGAGUUCUUCAGGACAAGGUUUGCUGGUAGAUCAUGCUAGACAAAGGUAAUAUUCCCUGAAUCUACCUCAUGCUUUAGCAAACCCCAAAUGUCCGCCAACGGCAUCUCCGGUUUACAGUAUCGAAGCAAAUAGGUUAGUUUUUCUAAAUGAAAGCACAACGUGUAAAAUUUAACCUUGAUACUUUUUCAGAUGUUUUUCACAAGUUUAUGAAAAUGUGACAAAACUCAGUAAAUACUUUGUAAAUAUAUCCCUUUUACCGAAAUCAGAAGCAGUCACUUAUUUCUCUUUGUAAAAAUAGAUUUUCAAACCCAGCUGUGCGAUGAUUACGUGCUAAUAAAACGAAAGCGUGAAGUAAGCGAAAGAGUGAAAAUCACCGCAAAUUAGGCGAAUAGUCCAUGUUUAAUAACAAUAAUUCAGUAAUUAAAUAAUUCAGUGAUUUAGGUGCUCAGGUAUGCCAUUUCUCUAGAUCAUCGCAUCAGUAGGUGUACGUUGGAUUGACAGGAUCCAUGGCUCACUGCAAAGGCCCUUUAAUCAUUUCCUUUGUUAAAAAGGCAUCUUCAUGUCAGGUGACACUGCCUCCUGGUGACCAUGCCUACAUCCGAGACAUUGGGCCUCCUCUCAUUUCUAGGAACCAGGGAGGAUUCCCACAUCUGGCAAGAUCCAGAAUAGCAAUACCGGUGCUCUGGUUCUCCUCGCAGGGGCACACCUUGUGCAUGCUCCGCCCUUUGUCCCACCCCUUACCCUGCACUGCCCCCUCACCCGGCCCUUCAACCUGCCCCUCGCAUUGCCCCUUGCCCUCCCUCUGGCCCCUUAAUAGAGUUAUUCUGUAUAUACUGCAUGCAUAAAUUCACUGUCACCCCAUCAUUUUUAAGCACAAUAUUUUUAAUAUGUCUUUCGUUUGCGAAAAAAGGACUCCUGCCUGAAAAUCGGUAGAUUCGUGCCUCCACCUGGUAUUUCUCGUUGAAGUGUACCGGAUGUGUGCGACAAAGGUAGUGAAGAAAUAUCUGCCUUUCUCUCCUUUCUGCUGACACCAUUGAAACCCUGCAUUGCUGUCCCCUGACCCAAUAAUCCCAUCUCACGAGAAUGUUAUUUUGAUAAUGCUAACCUUAGAUACUGUAGAACAAGUAAUAUUUUACUAACGCUAAUACUACUAUCUGCUACUAUCACUGAUGUAAUUAUAUAAUGACUUAUUAUAUCGGCUCUCAUAUUUACAUAAGCGCACAACGAAAAAAAUCAACUGCAGCAUGCUGAAAGUUUGCCUGGAAGACAUUAUUGCCUAUGUUUGCAUUACUGUGUGAAACCAGUCAGCGUCUGUCGAUGGGCUCAGGGAAGCGGCCGCAGUAUCUGUAUUAAUACAGCUAUGAAGGUGUCUCUGAAACGCAGCCAAUGUGUGCAUGGAUAUCCAUACAAAUGCAUGAGUGUUGCAAGGAAAAAGGUUAACCUUGUUAGUACGUUAUUUACGCUGGGUUGUGUGGAAUUUAUUAAAACUCAAGCUCACACCUUGACUGCGUUGGCUGAGAUGUAAACGUAAUUGAAAUUCACAUUAUACUGCAGUGUAGGAAUAAAAUUAUUAGAUGCGUGCUGAAUAACAUCCCAAAAUGCUGUCGUGUUGGUUGGAAAGGGACACAUAUAUGUGGGUGGUUGAGUAUAAAUUGCACUCCCUACUUGACAGGUCGGGGGACAUGGUGGCGCAGCGGGUUCGACCGGGUCCUGCUUUCUGGCGGGUCUGGGGUUCGAGUCCCACUUG